AUGAGUGGCGACCGGUCGUCGCCCAUCCUCUAGCUGGCCCAUCCCACAGACUCUGGUUUUCUGUCUGGCAAAUGCUGGCUGGUUUGUGUUCGGCGGUGAGGCUGCGAACUCACACCUCCGUCAUCUGUGCUUCCCGUCUGAUCGAACCGACGACCCGUCCAAGAAGGAAUUCCUGGCCGCCGAAAUGGCAGAAACGAUGAAUGGAGGCUACGCCGAUGGCUACAUGGAGCCGGAGGAAGAGUGGGAGCGUGAGGGCCUCCUCGACCCCGCUUGGGAGAAGCAGCAGAAGAAGACCUUCACCGCGUGGUGUAACUCGCAUCUCCGCAAGGCAGGCACUGGAAUCGAGUCGAUCGAAGAUGACUUCCGUAACGGCCUCAAGCUCAUGCUCCUGCUCGAAGUCAUAUCUGGAGAGACCCUGCAGAAGCCUGACCGCGGCAAGAUGCGCUUCCACAAGAUCGCCAACGUCAACAAAGCUCUCGACUUCAUCGCCAGCAAGGGUGUCAAACUUGUGUCCAUCGGUGCUGAGGAAAUUGUUGAUGGCAACCUCAAGAUGACCCUUGGUAUGAUCUGGACCAUCAUCCUUCGUUUCGCCAUUCAGGACAUUUCCGUCGAGGAAAUGACUGCCAAGGAGGGUUUGCUCCUCUGGUGCCAGAGGAAGACUGCUCCUUACAAGAACGUCAAUGUGCAGAACUUCCAUCUCAGCUUCAAGGACGGUCUUGCCUUCUGCGCCCUCAUCCACCGUCACCGACCAGAUCUUAUCGAUUACCACAAGUUGUCAAAGGACAACCCUCUGGAGAACUUGAACACCGCUUUCGACGUGGCUGAGAAGUAUCUCGAUAUCCCACGCAUGUUGGACCCUGAUGAUCUGAUCAACACGCCCAAACCUGACGAGCGCGCCAUUAUGACCUACGUUUCUUGCUACUAUCAUGCUUUCCAGGGUGCUCAGCAGGCUGAAACCGCUGCAAAUCGUAUUUGCAAAGUUCUGAAGGUGAACCAGGAGAACGAGCGCCUUAUGGAGGAAUAUGAGCGCCUUGCCAGCGACCUGCUGGAAUGGAUCCACCGCACAAUGCCGUGGCUGCAGAGCCGCCAGACCGACAACAGCCUGGCCGGAGUGCAGAAGAAACUGGAGGAGUACCGCACGUACAGGCGCAAGCACAAGCCCCCACGUGUUGAGCAGAAGGCCAAGCUCGAGACCAACUUCAACACCCUGCAGACCAAGCUGCGUUUGUCCAACCGUCCUGCCUACAUGCCAACUGAGGGCAAAAUGGUUUCUGAUAUUGCCAACGCCUGGAAAAAUCUGGAAGUCAACGAGAAAGCCUUUGAGGACUGGCUUCUGUCCGAGAUGAUGAGGCUUGAGCGUCUGGAGCAUCUGGCCCAGAAGUUCAAGCACAAGGCCGACAUCCACGAGGACUGGACCAAGGGCAAGGAGGAGAUGCUCCAGAGUGGUGACUUCAGAAACUGCAAGCUUAACGAUCUUAAGGCGCUUAAGAGGAAGCACGAAGCCUUCGAGAGUGACUUGGCCGCCCACCAAGACCGUGUCGAACAGAUCGCUGCCAUUGCCCAGGAGCUCAACACUCUUGAGUACCACGACAGCGCCUCUGUGAACGCUCGUUGCCAAAGAAUCUGCGACCAGUGGGACCGCCUCGGCAGCCUCACUCAGCGCCGUCGCCAGGCUCUGGACGAAACUGAGCAAAUCCUGGAGAAGAUUGACACCCUUCAUCUCGAGUUCGCCAAGAGGGCCGCUCCUUUCAACAACUGGUUGGACGGAACCCGAGAGGACUUGGUCGACAUGUUUAUUGUUCACACCAUGGAUGAGAUCCAAGGUCUUCUGGACGCUCACGGCCAGUUCAAGGCUACCCUUGGAGAAGCUGACAAGGAGCACAACUCCAUCAUUGCUCUUGUGCAAGAGGUCGUCAGCCUGACCUCCAAAUACCAGAUUCCCGGAGGUGUUGAGAACCCAUACACCACUCUCACUUCUCAAGAGCUUACUCGCAAGUGGACCGAGGUGCGACAGCUUGUUCCUCAGCGUGAUGGCACUCUGCAGGCCGAACUUCGUAAACAGCAGAACAACGAGAUGCUGCGUCGUCAAUUUGCUGAGAAGGCUAACAACGUUGGCCCAUGGAUUGAGCGGCAGAUGGAUGCCGUCACUGCCAUCGGCAUGGGCAUCCAGGGCUCACUUGAGGAUCAGCUUCUGCGCCUCAGGGAGUACGAACAGGCUGUCUUUGCCUACAAACCUAACAUCGAGGAGCUUGAGAAGAUCCACCAAGCUGUCCAGGAGAGCAUGAUCUUUGAGAAUAGGUACACUCAAUUCACGAUGGACUCUUUGCGAGUUGGCUGGGAACAGCUGCUCACUUCUAUCAACCGCAACGUCAACGAGGUUGAAAACCAGAUCCUUACCAGAGAUUCAAAGGGUAUCACCCAGGAACAACUCAAUGAGUUCCGAGGCAGCUUUAACCACUUUGACAAGAACAGGAUUGGCAGAUUGGCUCCUGACGAGUUCAAGUCUUGUCUGGUCAGCCUUGGAUACAGCAUCGGCAAGGAUAGACAGGGUGAAAUUGACUUCCAGCGUAUUUUGGCUACUGUCGAUCCUAACUCGACUGGCUUUGUGCACUUUGACGCCUUCCUUGACUUCAUGACCCGCGAAUCUACUGACGUCGACACUGCCGAACAAGUCAUCGACUCCUUCAGAAUUUUGGCCGCCGACAAGCCAUUCAUCAUGCCCGAGGAGUUGAGGAGAGAACUGCCACCUGACCAGGCUGAGUACUGUAUUCAGCGUAUGCCACCUUUCAAGGGACCCAAUGGUGUUCCCGGGGCCCUUGACUACAUGUCCUUCUCUACAGCCCUUUAUGGAGAGUCUGAUCUCUAAAACUGUAAAAAUACUAGAGUGCGUUUGUUGUAUUGUGAAAUAUUGCCAUCAUGGUUGACAAACGAAACUGAUCACCAAAACACAACAUCAAAACUACUUUUGUUGCCAUAUCAGCUCUCAAAAACAAUUUUAAAAAGCUACGAAACUUUUAAUACUAUCAGUACCAUACUAUAUCUUACAUCUGACAUAGUAUUGCUAACUUGGGAUCCUAAUACUCAAGGGAUUUUGACAUCUUUUUGACAAAUAUUGUCUGUAAAAUUUGUGGACAUAAUAAAAUCUCACGUGAGGUCUGUA